AUGAUCGACGAAGUCAUCACACCGACACAUGUUGGGUACACGGGCGGACGGGGUGGGAGGCCUAGCGGGAACUCUGCGGGUAGGGGGAGUAACCGGCGACCUCAGCCCAUAGAUGAAGACAUGAUAGCGCCAAGUACCGCCAGGCCGACCGGAGGACGGGGAGGGCCGCCUGGCAGAACGGCGGACCCAGUACCUGCGGGUAGGGGGUCUAACCGGCGGCCUCAGCCCAUAGAUGAAGACAUGAUAGCGCCAAGUACCGUCAGGCCGACUGGUGGACGCGGUGGACCGCCUGGCAGAAUGGCAGACGCAGUCAUGGAAAAGGCAGACGAGGUUUUCGCUCCGAGUAGGUCGAGUGGAAGACGUAUACAGCCGCCGCCUAAGCCCAUGGUAGACGAAGUCAUAGAACCUACCAAUGUCAACUCUCCAAGACGACGAGGCAAGCCGCCGCCGACCAUGGUCGACGAAGAGAUCGUACCGAGUCACGUGAAUCCAACAGGAGGCGGACGCGGGAAACCAAAACAACAACAACCCGUGAAUGAAGAGAUUGUACCAACCCGCGUCAACCCAAGUAACCGUCGAGAAAAGGCUCCACAAAUGGUGGACGAAGUGGUUAUACCGACCAAUGUUGUACCGAGCGGACGCAGAGGACGGCCACCACCGCAGACCGUUAAUGAUCAUGAGUAUUCAAACAAUGUAGGCCCAAGUGGUCGUCACGGGAAACCCCCACAAACAACCGACGAAGAACCGACCGCAGGAAGACCAGGCCGGCAAAAACCGAACGAGGAUAAGAGACGUAAGCCAGCAGAAGUAAACGGAAGUAGUAACCACCCAAGAAUGCCGAAUGGCAACGGCACCACGACGACAACAUCAGAAACAAGGAGGGUGAUCCAACAAGCACAACCCUCCGUCCAGACGUACACGAAAACGAACGCGACACGUGACGUACCGGACUGCCACCACGAUCGAGAGCGAAGAGAGCGAAAGCGAGUACACGGAGGAAGAGGCGACACCUCCAGGCACACCUGA